AUGGCCAAUACAGUGUUGGCAAUGUUUGUAAGAUUCGACGCUUUUGUCUUUCUGCUGACCGUUGGGCUGCGCCAUGAAAAGCGCCGCGACAAUGUCCUGACAUGCUUCAAGUGCCUGCGCACCUCUGAGAGCUGGUCCAUGGCGCUGCGGGGCUCCCUGAAGUUUCGAAAAGCGCUGAAAGACGCGCCCGACGACUUUCGCCUGCAAGUCCUCGAUGCGGCAGAUGCUGCGGAACUGCAGUUUCUGCUCAGCCGCGAGAAAAGGAGGAAAGCCAGGAAAAGUGCGAAGGCGGCGGAGACCAAGGCAGAGGCCAACGAGGAUGCCCCUGUGCCGUGCGAAACUGGCAUCGCCGAGUCCGUCGUGCCUCAGGAGGAUGCGCUAGCGGAGAAUUCCGUCUCCCAGUCUAUGCCCAGCAUCGACCUGCCAGUGACCGAGUCCAAAGAUUCAGUCCCUCCAGAGGACCUUCUUGCCGAGAACUCCGUCUCUCUUGCCGAAAACUCUGUUUCUCAGUCAAAUCCCAGCGUGGAGUUGCCCAUCGUCAGCCGCACUUGUGGUGAGGCCGCUUCUGGGAACGCCCCAGCCUGCAGCAGUGCCUGCUGGACCCAGAGGCCUCCCCGACCCGACGUGGCGCCCAACUUUGCAGCGACCACGCCCACGCCGCAGCGCGUCCGCAACUUUGGAGGUGGCACUCCAGCAAAUAUGACCUCUCCGAGCCCUGCUUCCGUCUCAAAACGGCGAGAUGCCCGGCGAGCCCGCGACUUCGAAGAGCUUGGCCCUCGAUGUCCCAAUGGCAAGGGCCUGACGCGCGAGGCCAUGAUGAGGGAGGGGGAAGAGCGACGACGGGCUGCGCGAAGCGGUUCUGCAACGCCCGGCUCUUUGCGACGUCUUCUCUCGCGAGGUGCGGCCUCUCCCAAGCCAGACGCCUCGCCAAAAUGCGAUACUCCGAGUAGCUUGCUGGGCAGGAUGCGAGAGAAGCUCCUCCCAAGCCGACCGGCCACACCCAGUCCCGCUGCGAUGUCCAGCCGUCGUGCAGCCCCCCGUGACUACAGCCGAGAUCGCUUUUCGGGUGCUUGA